UUACCUUACUGGAGUCCAGCUCCAUCUCCUCAAAAAUGUUCCAGUUCCUUGUUUUGUUACUCCAUCGCCGGGUUUUUGCGUCGACUCGGCCGCUGGCAGGAAGUGUAUUUCUCAGAAGAGCCUGUAUUUCACUUCACGACGCGCCGUGGGGCUCAUCUCACACACGAGCACUAAAACAAGAAAAUAGUCGUGUCUUCCCAUUUGGAUUAACCGUAGGGAAACCUCAAGAAGCAGUCUUUCCCGGAGGGCCUGAGCGGAAUCGGACUGGAGUGUUUUAUGUGGACGGAUAUAGUGUUUUUGUUGAGCGAUGUCGGAAGAGAUGAAGACUUGGAUCUGCGACCCAAACACGGAUGGAAAAGAAACGAGUGUUUUCUCUCGGAAGUAACAUCGAACAAUCUAAAUCAGAUGUCUUUUGGAGAAAAGUACAUUUGAAACCCCUGAACGAAGCAUAUUGGGGUUGAAAGUCCCGUCGUUUUGUUUUUCUCUCGAAACUCGAGAGUUUCGUUCUUGUAAGCUUGAGAUUGAGACGCACAGCCCGUGCAUAAGAAGUUCCGCAAGAUCUAACGUUAGCGUAGAGAUUUCAGCGUGAACUCUUUAUUAUUUACAACAAAAUCACAGUAGCUGUGUUUUUGAUAUAUGUCCCUGACUUGCAGUUUCAUCUGACCACAUUUUGUGGCACCAUCGCGACAUUUCUUUUUAGAAAAGGGAAACUCGGAUUGCUUUCGUUCACAUUUGCUUAUUUCCUUUUCUAGCGCCCCCCUCUCAUCUGUAGUGUAAUAUCUCAGCCGUUUGUUGCUUAGAGCACACCUCUCAUUAUAUAAAUAAAUUGACGAGCAAGCAAAUCCAGUUUAAGAAGAAAACUGCAUUGCGCUGCACGUGACAAGGGACUUGCCUCAUCAAAACUCAUCUAGUUUAAUUCUGGCCCUUUAAUUGACUUAUAAGAUCAAGACAGCCAGCUUGGAUCAGCAAGAGGCAGAUCUCAACCAUCGAAACACAAAAAUGGGGAUUAGUUUGUGAUAUUACCGGGGUAUUUACACAUGCAUAUGCUGUUUAGAUCUUGAAUGCGUUUUGCCUCGCAUUUUUGGAUGUUCAGGAAACAAUCCAGCUGCCCGUGUCGCAUCGAUAGACAUUAUUUAUGUUUCUCCAACAAUUGGGCUUCAGAUUUCCACUAUCUUUCCGCCUUUUAAGAAGAGGAGGUUACAUGUUGCCCUUAUUAUAUGUUUGCGUGCUGUCAACGGGUUAAUGUGAUUGAACUGGGAAAAUACUAGUCGUCCAUUUUCAUGCAUUGGUGAUUUGUCCUGUUUUCCAGCGAGCUGUCUUGCUUGCUUUAUUUUAAUGCCUUAAGGAGAUCGUCUUGUCCGCUCGUUUACGACUUAGGUUCUAUAUCUCGUUGCUUUUAACGGGAUUGCAUCGUCGUUUUGAUUUGAGUAUCAUCUAUUUGUGACACUGACUGGCCAGCUUGCAUGUAUUUGUAGUUAACCAUCCCGUUAUUUCCAUACUUCUGCACGGACGGUGGCUCAAAUUAACUUGCACGAGGCAGGUAACGUUAGGUUGUUAACGUAGAACACAAUCAAAGGGAAUCGGUUCUGGAUGGGGGGCUCGAUUAAUCGAUAUUAUCGCUAUCACCAUCUAGAGUUAUUAUUUUGGAAAUUUCCGGAUUUUGAGGUGAUGCCAAGCACAUAUAUCCUUCCUCUUUGAAACAAGAAGCCAUUUAUGCAACUCCAGUGGACCCGAUGGUGAUGUUGCUUCAUAGAUGAGCAACAGAUUUCCAUUUAGUAUUUUUUUUUCUUCGUCGUGUAUUUUCAGCCACUAUGGUUGAUUUCUGAGGGGGAAACUCGAUAAUAAUAAAUAAAUAAUUAAACAGCCUGGAAUAGAUGUUCGCGCCUCUGUCGCUCAUCAUCAUCACCACGACAGCUCCCGCGCUCGUCUCGUGCUGAGUCCUCCCGCCCGCCCGCGCGCAACAUCACCGUCCCUUCACACGUACCCUCCUCUUCCUCACGGCUGGUUCUGGUACCGUUAACGACUCGGUUCGACCCAGAGGGCUUGAAGAUGGCGGACCUCGAAGCGGUUCUCGCCGAUGUCAGCUACCUGAUGGCGAUGGAGAAGAGCAAAUCGACUCCAGCGGCCCGCGCGAGCAAGAAAAUCAUCCUUCCCGAACCCAGAAUUCGGAGUGUCAUGCAGAAGUACCUCGAGGAAAGGGAUGAACUGACUUUUGACAAAAUCUUCAACCAGAAGAUUGGUUUCCUCUUGUUCAAGGAUUUCUGCAUGAACGAGAUCGACGAGGCCGUUCCGCAGCUGAAGUUUUAUGAGGAGAUUAAAGAGUACGAGAAGUUGGAUUCAGAAGAAGAGAGGCUAACUCGCAGUCGGCAGAUUUAUGACCUCUACAUAAUGAAGGAGCUUCUGUCAUGUUCACAUCCCUUCUCUAAGAAGGCAGUAGACCAUGUCCAGACUCACCUAGCAAAGAAACAAGUUCCUCCAAAUCUCUUUCAGCCAUAUAUAGUUGAAAUCUGUGAUAGUCUUCGGGGAAAGAUCUUUCAGAAAUUCAUUGAAAGCGACAAGUUCACACGUUUUUGCCAGUGGAAGAAUGUAGAGCUCAACAUUCAUUUGACGAUGAAUGACUUCAGUGUCCAUCGGAUCAUUGGCAGAGGGGGGUUUGGUGAGGUAUAUGGUUGCAGGAAGGCAGACACAGGGAAAAUGUAUGCCAUGAAGUGUUUGGAUAAAAAGCGGAUCAAAAUGAAGCAGGGAGAAACGCUGGCACUCAACGAGAGAAUCAUGCUGUCGUUGGUCAGCACCGGGGAUUGCCCUUUCAUAGUGUGUAUGACAUAUGCCUUCCACACUCCUGAUAAAUUGUGUUUUAUCCUGGACUUGAUGAAUGGUGGAGACCUUCACUAUCACCUAUCUCAGCAUGGAGUCUUCAGCGAAAAGGAUAUGCGUUUUUAUGCAGCUGAGAUCAUAUUGGGCCUUGAACACAUGCACAAUCGAUUCGUCGUCUACAGAGACCUCAAGCCUGCAAAUAUCCUCUUAGACGAACACGGACACGUUCGCAUCUCUGACCUGGGCCUGGCCUGUGAUUUCUCCAAGAAAAAGCCUCACGCCAGCGUAGGUACUCAUGGCUACAUGGCACCUGAGGUUCUGCAAAAAGGAACAGCGUACGAUAGCAGCGCAGACUGGUUCUCUCUGGGCUGCAUGCUGUUCAAACUCUUGCGAGGGCACAGUCCAUUCAGGCAGCACAAGACCAAAGACAAACAUGAGAUUGACCGCAUGACCCUUACCAUGAAUGUGGAGUUACCCGACUCCUUCUCCCCUGAGCUCAAGUCCCUCUUGGAAGGACUCUUACAGCGAGACGUCGCCAAAAGAUUGGGGUGUCUGGGACACGGGGCGUCAGAGGUAAAGGAGCAUUUGUUCUACAAGGGAAUCGAUUGGCAGCAGGUGUAUCUUCAGAAGUACUCCCCACCUCUCAUUCCCCCCAGAGGAGAAGUCAACGCUGCAGACGCCUUUGACAUCGGCUCUUUCGAUGAGGAGGACACCAAGGGAAUUAAGCUGCUUGACAGUGAUCAGGAGCUCUAUAAGAACUUUCCGCUGGUGAUCUCCGAGCGCUGGCAGCAGGAGGUGGCCGAGACAGUGUAUGAUGCCGUCAACAGUGACACAGAUAAGAACGAGGCGCGCAAGCGAGCUAAAAACAAGCAGCAGGGCCAUGAAGAGGACUAUGCGCUGGGGAAGGACUGUAUCAUGCACGGCUACAUGCUAAAGCUAGGAAACCCCUUCCUGACACAGUGGCAGCGGCGGUAUUUCUACCUGUUCCCCAACCGUGUGGAGUGGAGAGGCGAAGGAGAGUCUCGGCAAAACCUGCUGACCAUGGAGCAGAUCGUGAAUGUGGAGGAGACGCAGAUCAAGGACAAAAAGUGCAUCCUGCUGAGGAUCAAAGGAGGGAAACAGUUUGUCCUACAGUGCGAGAGCGACCCAGAGUUCGUACAGUGGAAGAAGGAGCUCACCGAAGCAUUCACCGAGGCCCAGAAGCUGCUGCGUCGUGCCCCCAAAGUCAUUGGCAAGGGGCGAACUAAUGUGCUGGAACUGUCCAAACCUCCGCUCACGCACCGCAACAGCAACGGCCUGUGACCCGCCCCUUCCUGCCACCUUUGUCCACCAUUCCUCUCCAUCCUCUUCAUCUACACAAACAUGCACAUGCUCUCACACUCUCUCUCUCUCUCUCCCAGCAAAACGCUUGUCCAGCAACAUUAGGCUUCCCAGCUGGCACAGUGAGCCGCCACAUGGUCCGUCUUGGAAGGUUCUACUGGACUGUGCCCUGCUGUUCCUUAACUGUUUGUUAAUCAAAUGCACACACAUACACAGUUCCUUGCAACUUGACAUACUGGGGUGGGCGUCACUCCAGAAUAAUGUUAAAGAACAAUCAGUGAUACCAGUGCUGCAUCUGGGACCCUGUUUUGACCAGUGGUGCAGGCUGGGAUACUGCACCUUUUUUGUGAGCAUGUCGUUCCUUCUGUGAUUCCCACAUUCUCUUUCCAUACGCUUGGCAUGCUCGUAUAUAGGCAAAGAUAGUCCUCUGCUAUAAGGGUCCCAAACAAUGUCCACUUGGAGCUUCUUUACAAGUGGCUUUGUGCUAGAGCCAGACUAUAUCCAUACCUCUGCUAGAGGGAAACCAGAGCCAUGUGGCCUGAGAGAUCUAAUUAGAUAGAAACAAUGUCAAAAGACAAUGGUUUGAACAAUAUCACUCCCAUUCUCUUUUAUGUCCUUUGUGGGAACACCAAGGCCACCUCACUGAUUUUGCCAUUCUUGAUGCGUAUGCAUUGUACUGCUUUGUCAACAUCGCGUGUGCAUCGUUUCAUGCUAAAUGGACUCUGAUUUGUGGACUGUUCUGGCUCCCGAACCUUGUCCUGUAUUUGUGAAGUACAGAAGUCUUCGACACUUCCUUAAUACUCGCCAAUGGAUUCAAUGAACUGCAACGGCGAGUGUUGCGUGCAUCCAAGUUCUGAGAGCUCUCAGAGGACGUACAGUGUAAAUCGGGAACGAUUUUUCUUUCUUUCUUUUUUUUUUUUUUUGCUCAGCCCUUGUAAACACCAAAUUUGGUUUGGUUCCUCACAUGCAUUAAAUGUGUGUACUAAUGCGUGUACAUGAUGCAAAAAGUAGGUGUUGUUGCUUUAAAGGAAAUGCCCCAAUAUUUUCACCAGGAAGAAUUUUUUCUUUCACCUUGAAUGUAUUUGUUUCUCUUUUUGUCUUUUUUUUGUUGUUGUUGUUAAUUUGUUCGUGGUUGGAGUGUUUUACGCUGCUUGACACAUUGGGAAGGAACGUGGCAGGACCUUUACUAAGACACGAACCCAACCCCUUCCCCUGAAUCCACCGAAGUGCAAAAAGUGCCAGUGAAAUAAACAUUCGACUUGAGACACCUGAGAAUUCCUUGAGUCCAGGCCGCGUCACCUGCAUCUCCCCGUGAAAAGAUCCCGGGAACAGUGUUGGAAACUGAACACAGAAUAAAAACUGAACAGCAGACCUCCAGUCAUGUACAAGGAGGCCAAUGGACAGUUGACGAUGCAUGGUUAGAGGGACCACUUGAGAUAAAAAAAAAAAACAGCAGCAGCAUCCCUGGAGUCGUUUAUUCGACUGUAUAUAUGAAUCCUUUCUCUGUGCAUCUACAGUAUAAUCUUCUAGACAAUGUUUGCAUAUAUGGCGAAUCUCUGUCUCUGCCUGUCUGUGUUUGUCCCUAUGUCUCAGCUUGGGGGCGGGCGGGGUGGGAGGUGUUCACAUUUGUCAAUCAAUCAGCAGCCAUGUGCAAACCUCAGGCUGAGAAAACUGUGUAUGCGUCUUUUAGGACCAUUGGUGUGAAAGAGUGAAGAGUUGGAUGGCUUAUCUCAUAAUGAGGUGCAAAGAGAUCUUCUGUCUGUCUCUUGUGUGUUUCGUUAUGCCGGCACUUCUGAGGGUGAGACGUGUAAUGCAGCAUUACCAUUAUCCAUCCAUUCACAGGCAGAUAGACUGUUAUUCAGCUAGAGGGUAGGACGCUCGCACUCACAGGUGUUUGGAAAGGUGUGGUGCUUGGAUCGCGGAAGGAGAGACAACUUAACACCAUUUGUUGUAAGGCUUGAUUUGAAUAUAGUUAAAAAUUUUAUAUUGUUUUGGAUAUGAUGCAAAUGCAGAUUUCUAUAGAUUACAUAUUUUUUGGAGUACGUUAUGUGCAUUUAUUUUGGUCUUUUUUUUUUUUCUUUUUUUUUUGGAUGGAAAAACAAGCACAGCUUAACAGGCAAGAGGUGAUUUUAAAGAAGUAUUUUCUUCAUGUGUAUUCAGGUUCUUUUUUUCCAUGCAGUAAUUUUCUUUUUCUGUGACUCCCGGCUGUGCAUUCCAAGUGAUUUGCAUGCGGUGCUCUGCUGAAAUCGCAGGGUUUUGGGAGUCGGAUCAGUUUUUGUAGCCUUUAAGUAUCGGGGAGGUGCCAUCCUGAGGAUGUUUUUAGUGCCCUUCAAGAGUUUUAUUUUGAAACCAAAAUGGCUUGUUUUGAAAUAUAUAUUACUGCACUUUUUCCAUCACGGUUCACAAGCUGACGAAAUAAAAUGUGCCAAAUGACUGUAGGAGAAUGUCCUCUGAACCAAUGAAAAGCUCACCCGAUGCUCGCCGGCUAUUUCUGAGACUAAAAAUUGGUACGUUUUAAUGGGCGAGCAGCAGUGAGUUUGAGAAAGGGUACAAAAAUGUGAUUAAAUUCAGGAGACGUGAAACAAGUGGGCCAUGGGGCAAUGAUCCUACAUCAUUGACGAUAUGCCUCAAAGCUACUGACCGGCGACAGCCGGUACCAUGUCUUGAAAUUGCUAGCCCGUUUUUCAAAAAGGGUGGCACCUCCGCCAGUCCUAAGUAUCCAUGUUUUAUUCAGGGUUUUUUUAAUUUUAUUUUAUUUUAACAGUAGCUUUUCAGUCACUUCGUCAGUGUUUGCUUCAUUCUUGUGUGUCUGUUCCGUAGCGGUGAAUUUUGUGUGUGGGUGAACGCAGGUUUCAAAAUGGAAGAGGACAAUAAAUAGGAAGGGAAAAAAACCUAACUAAAAUCUAAGUAUAUAUGUGUAUAAGAAAUGAAAACAAAUGAGCUUAGGUUUAUUUAAAAUACUUUACGAUGUAGACACAAAAAAAAUUGACUCGGGAAGGGAUCGGGUUCGAUGUGAGUUCAACUAUUUCUGGUGAAGAAUCAGCUCAGAUCUUGCACAUAAGAACUUUAGAUAUUGUACUUACGAGUUACAGAUUAUUAUUUUUGUUCGUUUAAUACAGAACUCUCUUGCUCUCUUUCAUAUUUAUUGUCUGGUCGGGGAGCUAGUCCCUCUGUGCGUUGGUUUACCUAGGGCACGGAGCUGUCGAGUAUCUGGGUUUACAGUCAACCGAAACUCUCUUUUUCAUGUGCCACAAACAAGCGCAAACGCAAAUACUACUGUCUGGGGUUAUUACCAUUGAGGUUAUGUUGAUGCUGAUGAUGAUGAUUAUAAUAAUUAUUGAUAAUAUUAUUCAAUGAAUGAUAAUUGUUAUUAAAAAUGUUUUUUUUUUUUUCAUUUUUCAGAACAGCUAGGAACGUGUCUUGGACUGCUUAUAAAAACAGUUCAGAAAUAAAAGCCCCUUUUUCGUGUUA